AGCUGCGGUUCCCUAGCAUUGAACUCAGUGCAUCCCCCAUGAAUGAACUCCACGGCUCUUGUGCUUUACAAGGAUUAAGAAAUUGCACGGAGUUUUUUUUAUUCCGUCUCCCACCCCCUCUAAUUUUUUAUGCAUUUUUCUUAACUGUCAUGGCGUUUUUUGUGUCCUUGGGAAUAAAUGCGGUGUGGCGAAGGGUUAGCUAACUGAUGCCCGAUCCGAUGCAACAAUUAGCAAGGACUAGAAAAAAUGAAAAUACAAAAGAAAGAAAAACAGAUGUCCACCACCCAGUUACUAAAGCACAGUCAAGCUACAGCCGCAGCUUCUACUGCCACUGACCAAAACGCACAAACUACAUUUCCCAGAGGUCCCCUGGUCUCGGAGGAACACAACAGGGCUCCCGGUGGGCUGGCCAACCACUGCAUGUCCCGCGGCAAACCGGCGGGGUUUGGGGACGCGGGUCGCGGAGCCGGGCGCCUCGCCCCCUCCCUCCCGUCCCAGCCGCCGAGCGGCGAAGAGGAGGACGACGGCGGGGGCGGGGGCGGGGCCCGGGUGAAGAAGAAACGGAAGAAAAAAGACAAGAAGGAGCCGGGCCCUUGGCAGAAAGCGGAGAAGGAGGCGAAACCAAAGAAGAAGAAAGAGCCGAGGGAGGGGAAGGAGCCCCUCCCUCGCAAGUCCAAGGAGCCCAAGAAGGCCCGGAAGCCGCGGGACGCGAAGCCCAAGGCCCCACGAGACUGCAAGGCCGCGGCGUCCCCUCCCAAACAGCGGGGGCGCAAGGCGAGAGAGCAAGGUCCCGUGGCGCCGGAGAAAAAGAAGAAAGGCAAGCGGAAAUGCGAGGCCUUGCCGGAGGCCGGCGACAGCGACGAGUCGACGUCCCUCUCCGCCCUGGCGACGGGGAACGAGGAGAGCAUGGACGCGCUGGACAGCACGAAGCGGCGUUCUGGCAGGCAGGUGAAGCGCAGGAAGUAUAAUGAGGAUCUGGACUUUAAGGUGGUGGACGACGACGGGGAGACCAUCGCUGUGCUGGGCACUGGGAGGGUCCCGGCUCUCAACUCUGCUACCCUGGCCUGGCAGUCAGAGGAGCCCCCAGAAGACGAGGCCAACAUCAUAGAGAAAAUCCUGUCUGUCCGUGUGAAGAAAGAGACUUCUCCUGGCGAGGCGGAGGAGUCGGAGGAGUUCUACGUCAAAUACAGGAACUUCUCCUACCUGCACUGUAAGUGGGCCACGUUAGAGGAACUGGAGAAGGAUCCGCGUAUCCACCAAAAAAUCAAGCGCUUCAGGAACAAGCAGGCGCAGCUGAAGCACAUUUUCACUGAGCCAGACGAGGAUCUCUUCAACCCGGACUACGUGGAGGUGGACCGGGUGCUGGAGGUGGCCCACACAACGGACACCGAAACGGGAGAGGAGGUGACUCACUACCUGGUGAAGUGGUGCUCGCUGUCCUAUGAGGAGAGCACCUGGGAGCUCCAGGAGGAUGUGGACCCGGGGAAAAUCCGAGAGUUUGAGGAGAUAAAGAAAGUUCCGGAGCUCAAGCAUGUGGAGAGGCCGCUCCCGGAGCAGUGGAAGAAGCUGGAACGCUCGCGGGAUUACAGGAACGGAAACCAGCUGAGAGAGUACCAGCUGGAGGGCAUGAACUGGCUGCUCUUCAACUGGUACAACAGGAAGAACUGCAUCCUGGCGGACGAGAUGGGCCUGGGGAAGACCAUCCAGUCCAUCACCUUCCUGUACGAGAUGUUCUGCAUGGGCCUGAAGGGGCCCUUCCUCAUCAUCGCCCCGCUGUCCACCAUCACCAACUGGGAGCGCGAGUUCCGCACCUGGACCCAGAUCAACGUCAUCGUGUUCCACGGCAGCCAGAUCAGCCGGCAGAUGAUCCUGCAGUACGAGAUGUACCACCGGGACGAGCAGGGCAACACCGUCUCCGGCAUGUUCAAGUUCCACGGGGUCAUCACCACCUUCGAGAUGAUCAUGGCCGACUGCCCGGAGCUGAAGAAGAUCCAGUGGCGCUGCGUGGUGAUCGACGAGGCCCACCGGCUGAAGAACCGCAACUGCAAGCUGCUGGAGGGCCUCAAGCUCAUGAGCCUGGAGCACAAGGUGCUGUUGACAGGCACUCCCCUGCAGAACUCUGUGGAGGAGCUGUUCAGCUUGCUCAACUUCCUGGAGCCUCUGCAGUUUCCCUCCGAAAUCAGCUUCCUGGAAGAGUUUGGAGACCUGAAGACAGAAGAGCAGGUGAAGAAGCUCCAGGCCAUCCUGAAGCCCAUGAUGCUACGCAGGCUGAAGGACGACGUGGAGAAGAACCUGGCGCCCAAGGAGGAGACCAUCAUCGAGGUGGAGCUCACCAACAUCCAGAAGAAGUACUACCGCGCCAUCCUGGAGAAGAACUUCACCUUCCUGGCCAAGGGAGCCAACCAGCACAACAUGCCCAACCUCAUCAACACCAUGAUGGAGCUUCGCAAGUGCUGCAACCACCCCUACCUGAUCACAGGCGCGGAGGAGAAGAUUCUGGAAAGUUUCCGGAAGACGCACAGCCCCGACGCCUGGGACUUCCAGCUGCAGGCCAUGAUCCAGGCCGCGGGCAAGCUGGUCCUCAUCGACAAGCUGCUGCCCAAGCUGAUCGCCGGCGGUCACAAGGUGCUGAUCUUCUCCCAGAUGGUGCGCUGCCUGGACAUCCUGGAGGACUACCUCAUCCAGAGGAGGUACACGUACGAGCGCAUCGACGGGCGCGUGCGGGGCAACCUGCGCCAGGCCGCCAUCGACCGCUUCUGCAAGCCGGACUCGGACCGCUUCGUCUUCCUGCUCUGCACGCGGGCGGGGGGGCUGGGCAUCAACCUGACCGCCGCCGACACCUGCAUCAUCUUCGACUCGGACUGGAACCCCCAAAACGACCUGCAGGCUCAGGCUCGCUGUCACCGGAUUGGACAAAGCAAGGCGGUAAAGGUGUACCGGCUGAUCACCCGGAACUCCUACGAGAGGGAGAUGUUCGACAAGGCCAGCCUGAAGCUGGGCCUGGACAAGGCCGUGCUGCAGGACAUUAACCGCAAAGGCAGCCUGAAUGGGGUGCAGCAGCUAUCCAAGAUGGAGGUGGAGGACCUGCUGCGUAAGGGCGCGUACGGGGCUCUGAUGGACGAGGAGGACGAGGGCUCCAAGUUCUGCGAGGAGGACAUCGACCAGAUCCUGCAGCGCCGCACGCAGACCAUCACCAUCCAGUCCGAGGGGAAAGGUUCCACCUUCGCCAAGGCCAGCUUCGUGUCGUCCGGCAACAGAACGGACAUUUCUCUGGACGACCCAAACUUCUGGCAGAAAUGGGCCAAGAUAGCGGAGCUGGAGAUCGACUCCAAGGCAGAGAAGGAGAGCCUGGUGAUCGACACGCCGCGCGUUCGGAAGCAGACCCGGCACUAUAACUCCUUCGAGGACGACGAGCUGAUGGAGUUCAGCGAGCUGGACAGCGACUCCGAGGAGCGGCCGUGUCGCACCCGGCGCCUCAGCGACCGCAACCGCCGGUACCUGCGAGCCGAGUGCUUCCGCGUGGAGAAGAACCUGCUCAUAUUCGGGUGGGGGCGCUGGAAGGACAUCCUGACCCACGGGCGCUUCAAGUGGCACCUGGCGGAGCGGGACAUGGAGCUGCUGUGCCGGGCGCUGCUGGUGUACUGCCUGCGCCACUACAAGGGCGACGACAAGAUCAAGAGCUUCAUCUGGGACCUGAUCACGCCCACCAAGGACGGCCACAACCAGGCCCUGCACAACCACUCCGGCCUGUCUGCCCCGGUGCCUCGUGGGCGGAAGGGGAAGAAGCUGAAGAACCAGCUGUGCCUGCCGGAGCUGAAGAACGCCGACUGGCUGGUGAACUGCAACCCCGAGGUGGUGCUCCAGGACGACAGCUACAAGAAGCACCUGAAGCAGCACUGCAACAAGGUCCUGCUCAGGGUGCGGAUGCUGUACUACCUGAAGGUGGAGGUGCUCGGGGAGACGGCAGACCAGGCCCUGGAGGGAAUCCCUGCCAACAAAUUGGAGGUGACCCUGCCCGAUAUCGACUACGUGGAGAUCCCGGUGAUCUGGUGGGACGCGGAGGCGGACAAGUCUCUCCUCAUAGGCGUCCACAAACACGGUUACGAGCGGUACAACGCCAUGCGAGCCGACCCCUGCCUCUGCUUCCUGGAGCGGGUGGGCAUGCCCGACGUCACCGCGCUGUCGGCGGAGCAGGGCUGCGGCGACGCGGCCGCUGACAUCAUCGCUGACAGCACGUGCAAGAGUGAGGAGGUGAAGGAGGAGCCCGAGGGCAAGCCAGACGCGGGGGAGAGAGAGCUGGCGGAGGAAGAGACUGCAUCCACCAAUGAAGUGCUGGACAAAACUGAAAGCGCAAUUCCGGUGCUGAUUGGCCAGGAGAGCGCGGAGCAGGGGAAGGCCAUGUGGCCGGCGGGCUCCGCCCUCACCGCGCGCCUCCGGCGGCUCAUCACCGCGUACCAGCGCUUCACGCGCCGCGAGCCCAUGCGCCACGACUUCCUGCUGCCCGAGGGGGCGGGGCCGGUGGCCUGGCAGCUGGGGGAGGAGCUGAGGCGGCGCACCAUCGAACCCGACCCCCUCUUCCUGGAGUGGCAGAGGAGGUGGACGCGGCGGGAGCAGGCGGACUUCUACCGCACGGUGUCGUCGUUCGGCGUGGUGUUCGACCCGGAGAAGAAGGCCUUCGACUGGGCGCAGUUCCGCUCGUUCGCGCGGCUGGAGCGGAAGACGGACGAGAGCCUGGAGCGGUACUUCUACAGCUUCGUGUCCAUGUGCCGCACGGCCUGCCGGCUGCCGCCGCGCAAGGACGAAGGGCCCCUGGACCACACCCUGUUCGUGGAGCCCAUCACGGAGGAGCGGGCGGCCCGGACGCUGUACCGCAUCGAGCUCCUGCGCAAGGUGCGGGAGCAGGUGCUGCGGCACCCCCUGCUGGCGGGCCGGCUGCAGCUGUGCCGGCCCAGCCUGUACCUGCCGGUGUGGUGGGAGUGCGGGAAGCACGACCGGGACCUGCUGAUCGGCGCCGCCCGCCACGGCCUCAGCCGCACCGACUACUACAUCCUCAACGACCCGCAGCUGUCCUUCCUGGAGGCCCACCGCAACUACGUGCAGAAGGAGAACCGCGGCGGCGGCGGCUACCACCCUGCCGCCGGCCUGCCGCACCACCACUGCUGCCUGUACGAGGCGGGGCUCAGCCACUGCCACUCCCCCCAGCCCGCCGAGUUCCACCCGGUGUCCGCCCACCACCAGCACCACCAAGCGCACAUCCAUGCCCACGUCCACCCCGCCCCGGCGGAGGCGGCGGCGGUGCCGGACGCGGGCGGGCCCCUGGGGCUGGGCCCCGGGGCCAGGGAGGGCUUCCUGGACUGCGGCUCCCUGGACGAGUCGCUGGAGCUGGCCUCUCUCCAGCACGGGAAGCCCAGCAAGGAGGCGCUCAACGGCUUCCCCUUCAACUCGGCCUCGGGCGGCCAGAGCAUGCUCAACUCGUACGGCGUGCAGGGCGAGCUGGGCGGGGACUCCAAGCUGCGCAGCGACGUGCUGGUGGGGGACCAGUACCCCUGCGAGGACACGGGCCUCAUGACCCCCUCCGUGGAGCUGGACGAGCUGCACGCCCCCUGGGAGAGCGCCGACCACGUCUUCACCGAGCCCGACGCCAUCCUGGGCCCGCCCAGCCUGGAGGCGGAGUUCCUGGACUCCGGGCAGCCGGGGGACGGCCUGAGCAUGCCCAGCUCGGACGCGCAGAGCGCCGCCGUGGAGCCGCUGCCGUCCAGCUUCAUGCUGUUCAAGGACAUCGCCGUGGCCGAGCCGGCCGUGGAGCCGGCCGACCUGUCCGUCAGCCCGCCCAGGUUCGCGCCCCCGCCCCUCUCCCUGUCCGACAUCGGCCUCCACCCCCAGGGCGGGGCGGACGAGCGCGAGGAGAAGCUGAGCGACUCCGACGUCACGCACAGCGUCCCGAGCCCGGGGGACGGCGCCGACAGCAUGACCUUCGAGUUCGACAAGGAGGAGCUGUCCCGGGACAGCCAGAGCCUGAUCGAGCCGACUCCGGGGCCUUUGGACUCAGAGAGGCCCUGCGUUGAGUCACGCGAGGAGUCAUGUGACCGACCCUCCGACGAGUCAUGUGACCAACCCUGUGAUGACUCGCGUGAUGAGUCGCAUGACCAACCCAGUGUGGAGUCAUGCGAUCGACCCUGUGUCGAGUCGUGUGACCAGCCCUGUGCUGAGUCAUAUGACCGACCCUGUGCUGAGUCAUGUGACCGACCCUGUGAUGAGUCAUGUGACCAACCUUGCAAUGAGUCAUGCCACAGGCCCUGUGAUGAGUCAUGCCACAGGCCCUGCGAUGAGUCAUGUGGCCGACCCUGUGUUGACUCUUUUGAAGGGCCCUCUGAGUCCAGGGGUGAGAUGACUCUCGGUGGACAUGUUUUCCCCGCUGUUGAUCCCCCGACCCCCUCCCACCUUGCACUGCCUGCGCACCCCAUCCCUCUGGCAGAACCCCCAGUGUCCCCCAGGCCCGAGGAGGUGUCCUCGUUUAAACAGGGGUUCACGUUAGAACCCCUGAGCUCGGACAGCAAGCCUGAUCCCCCAGAGCCAGACAGCACCGUGCCUCCUGAGACGCUGGAGCAGACGGGGAUGCUGGAGGUGAAGGAGGAGGUGAAGGAGGAAAGGCCCAAAACUCCAGCCCUGCUGGUGGAGAGCUAUGGGGAGGAGCCUCGGUUUGCUCCGCCCCUUUCGGUGUGUGACAUGCCCGAAAGCCUAUCGGACGUCCGGGAACCCACCAUCGCCCAGCUCCUGCAGGAGAAAGCCCUGUACUCCUUCUCAGAAUGGCCUAAGGAUCGAGUGAUAAUAAACCGCAUCGACAGCAUCUGCCACGCCAUCCUGAAGGGGAAGUGGCCUUCCACCAAUCAGCAGUACGAGUCGCCCGGCUCCCUCGCCAACACCUGCGUGUCCAACAGCGCCCCCCAGAGGGCCGGCUACGUGCCCGCCAGGGUGCAGCCGACGCAGAGCCUUAGCUUCGGCAUCUCGGCCCCCGCCCCUCACCUGGCCAAGGUGACUGCGGUCCGCUGCGCGGGGAGGCCCUCGGGCUGUGACCGUGAGGCCGAAAUGGGCCUUCACGUGCGAGCCCUGGACUUCUUCGUGAGGGGUUUGCCACGCAGAGAAGAACGAUCACUUUAUGGGGAGUCCUUGGUGAGCGUGCCUUUCCUCCCGGAGCUGAAGAGAGGCCGACGGGGAUUCGAAUACGAAGCGGAGGCUCAAGGGAAGCCGUGUCACGCGGGGGAGAAGAUUCCGGUGGGCGUGACGCACAGGGGAGGGCCGAUGCUGCUGAACGGCUGGCAGGAGGCGGCCAUGGACCUGUCUAAGGCCGGGGAGAUGGGGAUAGGGGUGGAGCCUGGGACCGUGGGUCACAUGACCCACCCAGGCCACCCCGCCCAACACAAACUGCCCUCCAUGAGCCCCAUGCAGGGCUCCCUGGGCCUGGACAUGGCCGGCAUCCUGCAGGCCGGCCUCAUCCACCCCGUCACCGGCCAGAUCGUCAACGGCAACCUUCGCCGCGACGACGCGGUCAUGCGCCGGAGGAGGGGGCGACGGAGAAAUGUGGAGGGCCCCGACAUGGGUUUCGUCAAGAGCUCGGGCCUACACGUCCCGGAGCAGCAGAGCAGACCCGAGAGCGUCAUCAGCCAGUCGGCGGUGUCUUCCUCCUCCUCAUCCUCGGCGGCGCCGGAGCAGCCGGAGGGCCCGGUGCCGGUCCCGACGCUGGACCGGGAGGCCGCCAGCAAGGGGCUGAUGGAGUGGCUCAGCCAGAACCCCAGAUACAGCAUGGAGGUGCCCGCCUUCGCCCCCUCUCAGAACGUGGGGAUCCUGCACGGCUUCGUCGAGAGGCCCAAACAGAGGAGGCACCGCUGUAAAGACCCCACCAAGCUGGACGUUAACUCCCUCACCGGAGAGGAGAGGGUGCCGGUGGUCCAUAGGGCCACGGGCCGCAGGCUGGGGGGCGCUAUGGCACCAGCCAUGAAGGAGCUGUCGCGCUGGCUGGAUGCUAACACAGAUUACUGCGUGGCCCCUGACUGGGCAGACAUCGUGAAGCAUUCUGGGUUCCUGCCGGAGGGGAAGUUCACUCGUAUCCUGACGGAGCCCGUGUGCCGUGACGCCGGGCCACGGCGGAGGGGGCGUCGGCCACGCGGUGACAUGUCCAAGGGCGGGGCCCUGCUGUCGGAGUCGCCCUCGGGCAUGGGGCCGCUCUUCAUGAACGGCCUGAUCGGCAGCAUGGACCUGGUGAGCCUGCAGAACCUGCGGAACGUUCCGGGCAUCCCGCUCACCGGCCUGAUGGGCUUUCCGCAUGGCUUCGCCGCCGUGCCCGCCGCCGCCGGCGAGGACGCCAAGAACGGCCUGAGCAUGCUUCCCAUGAUGCUCCACGGCAUGGCGGCCGUCCAGCCGCACAUGUUCAGCGUCGGGGGGCUCGUGAGCCAGCCGGCCACCACCGGCACCCCUUCCUCCGCCUCUUCUACCGUCGCCACGGCGACCGCGGGCACGGCGUCCUCGUCCUCCGUGGGCCCGCCCAGCCCCGCCCACAGGGCCGAGCCCACGCCCAUCUUCGCCUUGGAGGGCAAGGCGGGCGAAGGCCCCGCCGGCAGGAAGGACGGUGGCGGCGGUAACGGUAGCGGUAAGCCCCCCGCGGAGGGGAAGGCCGGCCCGGUCUGCGGCCACGGCGACUCGCCUGUCGUCACGACGACCAGCAGCAGCAGCAGUAGCAGCAGCAGCAGCAACGGCGGGAGCCACCUGGCCUUCAACCCGUUCCUGAUCCCGGGGAUGUCGCACGGACUGCUGUACCCGCACAUGUUCCUCCCGCACGGCGGGAUUAUGGCGCUGCCCGGGAUGCCGCCCGCGGACGGCACCGGCAGCCCCAAGAGGAAGAAGAAGAGGGCGCGGGAGGAAGAGGCGGCGGAACCCGGCCCGUGCACGGACAGCGCGCCCCCCCCAAAACCGGACGCCGCCGGCGAGGCGGAGCCCCCCCCGGAGACGGGGCCGGGGCCGGGGGCCGAGGCGGAGGACAGCGCGGAUCCCGGACCCCAGGGGCCCGCCGGGGAAAGGGAACACGGGGGCACUGAAGAGGAGGGGCCCCCCCCAGAGAAGGGACACGCUCCUGAAAAACUGGCUGAGGAUGAGGAUGAGGAAGAGGGAGACGCAGCAGGGAAGGAAGCAGAACCACAAUAGAUGACGACAGCCCUGCUCUUUUGAACUGUGUGACAGAGUUACCGGUUUGUGAUGUGCAAGUCAAUGAUGUUCAUGUAAGGACUUUUAUUAUCUACUCAUUAAUGUUUAUAGAUCUCCUGCCCACUACCAAACUUGUGAUUAUUAUCAUUGUUAUUAUUAUCAUUGCUAUGAUUAUUAUGCACCACUCCCCUCUCCCGUGAGGAGUAGAAAGAAACACGUAUGCAUAUAUGCAUGUGAACGCACACACCCCCCGUUGUAUCAUGGGAUUCCUGCCAGGACAACCCUGGUGGGGUAGUGUGUCCUGAGUGGAGCUGGGGCCUUUUUACCAGAGGGGGAGUUCGGAAAGCCUUCUCCCAAGUUUGGAAAGUUGCACCUCCCAAGUACUGCUUCACUGUAGUAUGGCCACACACACUACACACACCACACACACACACACACACACACACACACACACACACACACCACACACCCCGCUUAUGGCAUUGACCAGUUCAGGCAGCCACGUAGCACAGGCCUGAAUUGCAGAAGUCGUCGCCGUUUCCCUUGAUGGUGCGAACAGGGUUAUGGGAUUCCUCUCAGACAUGCCUACCUUUUCCUUUCCUUCAGUUCCCAGUUCUCAGUUCAAAGGAACUCUCUCCAUGGAAACCCUCUUUAAAGUAUCUUUAACAAAGCAAGUGUCACCCCCCUACCCACCCCAAAAAGAUCAGCAGCGUAACUGCUGCUAGGAAGUGCUCUCCCUGAGCAGCUCUGUUCAUCCACGGUUGGUUUGUCAUUUUGCUGCUUUUAAGAUUUUUUUUUAAGGGCAACUCCGUUAAAUUAUAUGUAAAUACAAAGACGCAACAAUAACGGACAUCUUGAAAAUGCAUUGUUGCAUUACGUCAUACAUCAUGGACUCCAGGUUUUCGUCUCCAGUAAAUACAAAAAUAGAAAAAAAAAAAUAGCUUAAAUAGCAAAGUGCAAUCGUAGGUUCGUAUGGAAAGUCUUGCGGUCGGUAUGAAUGAGGCCCCCUUUCGUCGAAAGUCUUGGAGUGACCGGUCGCGCCCUCCCGCCAGCCUACACCCCAGAUCGGGGUUGCGUUUGUGGCCACAGAGGGGUCUGCCCUGCCAGAGUUCUGCCACACCGCUGCGCUAACGCACGAUAAGAGACUAGGCCUCGAUAAGAGGCUAGGCCUCGAUAAGAGGCUAGGCCUCGGUGGGGGGAGGAGGAGGAGGGAUCGCUUGGCAGACGAAAGGAGGGACGCGUCUGUUCCCAUUCGCUGGCUCCGCGUGGGGAAAAAGGGUUUGUGGUUCGCUCAGCACGAUGAACAGCCACAGCAGAGUGCCUGAUCUCAGAAAUACUCGUCUCAUGUUCCCCGAACGCAUUUCUAAAUGCUGUAUAAUAGAUCAUAUUAUGUUUUUUUUUUUUUUUUAUUUUAUUUUAUAAAUAUAUAUAAAUCUCUAUGUUGUUUUUUUCCAUUUUUUUUUUUUUUUGAGAAAUACACAAGCCCUACUCUUGUGGAUAUUCUAUUAAUCAUAGUGUUACAUUAGAUGGAAGCAAAGCUUCAGUUGUCCCAGAAUUUCACAACAGGGUCUUUUGCUUUUUAGAAUCUCCACUUGUUUUUUUUUGUUGUUGUUUUUUUUUGCUUUUGUUUCUCAGUCCAAAUCUUUAAUUUCCAGAUCUUAUAUGUUUUAUCCCCUUUCCUUUUUUUUUCUUCUUUUUUUUUUUUUUGCACAAUCCUGUUGGUGAACGUUUACCUGUAAAUGUAAGUCUCAGACUUUUUCUUUUUUUUCGUGCGUUUGCGUGCAUGCAUGCGCACGUUCGCGCGCGCCCCGCCCGGCGGAGAAGGUGUGUGCGUAAUUCUGUUUGUACAGCCCUUUGUCUUGCUCUCGGUCACCUUUCUCGUUCAAAGAAAUGUUGUCGUUGCCUUGUCACAGCGUGUGACUUUAUAAUUUAUUCGUUUUGCUUUGCCAAACUUUCACCAAAUAUGACAUCUUUUUUCUCGUUUUUUUCCUUUCCAAUCUUAGUUUUAUUAAAAGUACAAUUGCCUUAUUUAGUGUUAUAUAUAUGGAUGUCUUUCCACAUCUCCAUAUCAGAAAGUAUAUAAUAAAGUACUUAACUAGUAUAGAGUUUGAUCUUAUCAGAAUUGAAAACUAUUGUCACAAUGGUCUGUUAGAAAUUUCCCUUUAGUUGUAUGCAUACUUUGUUCACAAGUUCCAUCUAUUUGAAAAUAAGAUGCAUUUGGAUCAGUUAAGUUUAAAAAAAACAAAACAAAAAAAAAAGUGGCACAAACAUCAAAGCCGUUCAAUAUUGAGUCCAGAAUGAUUGAUAGAAUACAGAGAAAAGCUUUUUAAAUAUUCACUUUAAGCACAAACAUUAAAAAGCUCUUGGAUUUUUUAAAUGUAAUUGUAUGUAUAGGUAUUUAUACAUGAAUCUUUGACAGUGCUCAUUAGUUUUGUCUUGCAGAUUUGAUUUUGAUAUUGACAAUCAACCUCUAUCUGAUCCAAUCACACAAGCACCUUCAAGUGGAAAGCUGCUAACUGCUUUGAGCAAACAUCUGAAGUCCAUCCUUAAAAUGUGCUCACCGUGGAAAUCGCUCAGUGUGUGACACCAAGUGAUUAUGACCAGACAUUUGAGAUCCUUAGUUACAAAUCCUCUCCCAAGAUUACUGAUCAAAAAAAAAAGCCUGCAAUGAUUAGUCACGAUUUGAACAUAUGAAUACAACUAAAGUGGACACUACAUUUAAUUUAUAGGUCAUCCUAAUGCAAAACUAUAUUCUGCCUGUCAGAUACAUAUUGUCUUGCUAACAUGUUUGACUAUUCUUAAUAUAUAUAUAAAUAUAUAUAUAUAUAUAUGAAUAUCUAUCUUGAAAUAAGAAAAGCCCUGAAGGUAUUGGGAAUACAGCUCAGCCAGAUGUUAAAGGAAAAGUACGUUUUAUGCCGUACUGUUGACCCAUGUCCAUUUCACAAUAUUCCAUUACUCAUUUGAUGACUUCACACAGAUAAGCAGUGCAUUGAAUGAGUACAGUUAAAAAAGUCAAUAUUUAUUCAGUUUCCAUGUCAUGUUGCCAUUUUACUUUUUUUUCUCCUUAAUUUAUCCAAAGUUCAGAUUGUUUUUGGUUCAUUUGUAUUUCAGAUAUAUUUAUUGUACACUUCUGUCACACCCGUGUCAUUUUUUUUAAAAAUAUCUGUAUUCUAACUUAUAAGGAUUCAGAAGGAAAACAUGCAGGAUCCGAACAGACUUUCUGACUGACACAGUUUUCCUCUUUUUUUAUGUUAUGUUUAUUAUUUUUGAUUAUAUUUUUGCCUCCAGUGGAAGCAAGAAUAGUUAAAAAUAUUUAAAUGUACUGAUAACAGAAUUGGCAAAUGUGCCCACCCUGUCUGAGUACACCGCUGCCCGUAUCCAUCUCAUAUGGAGCUGCUAUUUUUACUUCUGCAAAAUAAUAAUAAUCAUUUUAAAUAACCCGAAGGUUUACCUUCGUAAAAGUGCAUAUGACCUGCACUUUUACACUCGUGCUAAGGUUAGCGCGUAAGCCUUCUGAAAGUUAUGGGUUUUUCCAUAACUUCACCUGUGCCCGUUCCUUCGUCUUUGACGGAGCAGCUGGCUUCACGUGCGAGGGGCACUACGAAUUGAAUGAAGUUUGCGCAGGAAGAGACGCGGUAUUCUGCGUGACCGUCGUCCCCGGCGCCUUUGCUUCGCUGAAAAUUCUGACUCGGACUUCGCUUUUUUUUCCCCAAAGCGCAUCGAACAUGCUGGCGUGUACUCGGAGGGGGUGACUGCGUGCAUGCUCUGAGGUUCUGUCCCGCGGCCGCUUGCGUUAGAAGGAUAGUUUUAAGCUCAUGCAGUUAAAGGCCAGUGCUCACCAAGUGGAUGUACUGUAAGCUCUUAGUUUCAUCGAACCAAGGGUACUGUAUUUGGGAUCAUAUGCUACAGAAAAAAAAAGAAGAAAAAAAAAGAAAAAUGUACUCAGUGUUGGUCUGAAAUCAGCAGCAACAUUUUUACAGCGUUGUGGUUUUAUUUUAUUAUAUUUUGUUGAACUAGCUCCUGUAUUCCCAUGUGGACCAAUCACAUAACUCAGAACAUGGUAUGUGAUCUUUUAUUGUGCAAUAAAAGAUGACUUUCAACUUUC